AUGCAGUUGCAAAACAAUACUGUAGAUAAAUUAGACGUCAGAGUUAAUUCUUCUGAGAAUAUCAUUAAUAGACUCGAUCUUGUUAUAAACCAGUGCAUUAAUACUAACUCCAAAUUAUUAACAGAUGAUACUAAGGAAAUCAAUCAUUCCUUGAUUAAUAUUACCCCUUGUAAGAAACGAAGCACUAUUUAUACAGACAUAACAAACUCUGGUGAUACUUCUAAACAGAUAGAAAAUAGUUCCGACAAUAUAUCUGAUUUUGAUAUAUGCCAGGAAAAGGAUAGCCAAUCUUCUGCAUAUUCUAUUCUCCUGAAACAAAUUUUAGCAAUAUUUAUAAGCAGACG